CCCCCCCCAAUGCUUUAUGCAUAGAACGAGUGCUGCGGUGGACUCUUUCAAUCAAAAACCUGGAGGGGUGGUCACUGGACUGAGUCUAUCCUCAACCCUGAAUUGAAACUCCUAAACAACAACCGCCAAUCGCCACUAAGUGGCGGUGAUGUCACCACGUCGCUUGUACCAGACUAUGUGCACUUUAAGGGCACGCGAAGUGUCGAACGCCCGCUUGCAGGAGGUCACUUGACGAUAGAGGUGCCACGGGUUGACUGAGAUGACUGGCAGAUGCACUACCAGACACACACACACUAGCACGUGGAUACAUAAAAACAGACACAAAGUAAAACGUAUAUUAAUCUCCCCCAACCUUCACCUCUCUAACUUGAAAAAUAGUUUAUUUUUCCUGCCAGUACUGUAUCAUGAACCAUACAAUCCCCAUGACUGAAUGCUCGUGCGUAUCUCUUUUUUUAUUGCGCAUCAAUCGCUACGCACAGACGCGUCGGACGUUUCGCGUGUGUGGAACAAUAACAUUGGGGCACACCUCUGGCAGGCCUCGAUCGUGUGAGGCUUCGUCAUUUCUCUCUCGGCGAAAGUGUAAACGUGGUGCGCUUUGCGCCCGCUGCUGUCCCCACGCACGAUCCGGUUGAACGCAACGAGCGGCCCCGUCACUCUACCGUUGAUGGGGGAAAACUCUGCCCGCUCUAAAUAAGUAACGACGCAGCUCGGCUGUCGGGUUAUUGUAAGCGCAAUGAUGACGGCGCCUCGAUUCAUUUCAGCACCGCGGCCGUUUGUGGCGUCUCGAGUCCGCUUGUGUGCGCGGCUGCUCACAGCUCCGAAGAUCGCUCACCCCGAGCUGAGUAGUAGUCAUGGUUCUGUUUUACUACGUGCAGUCUUACAGCCUCGCGGAGAACGGCAGCAUCGGGAGGUUAGGUUUCGAACCGGCGCGCUGUUUUAAGACGCACGCAUUUAUGUGACUUUGUGUCCCUUAGAGGUAAAGUAGUAUAUAUAUAUUUUAAAUACUACUACGACGUUAAAUGUUUUUUUUUCAUAAAAAAUAUAAAAGUCGCCAACGUGUUCAAAGCUUAAACAGAAUAAAUGUAUGCAUGCCUGAUGAGUGUAUCUUGCAUGCCAGACUAUACUUUUAAAAUGUGAAUGUGAUUUGGAUGCAAGGAUGUUGCUAGAGAGCUUCGUUUGUGCGGAAAUGAGGGGGCAAUGGUCCGUCUUGGUCGUUGGCGCAUCGGCAGCCUUACAGGAAUGAUCAAAUAUUCACGAUCAACUCAGCAUUACAAUACAGUGCCACCGCAAAUCGAGUUUUUAUAUAAUGUAUUUUAACAAAUGUUGCUCGGUUAAUUGGGUUUGAACUUGAACCAAGUGUGGCACUUCAACGCAAAGUACGGUCAUGCGUUGUUGCACUUUGAACUUCUUACAAAACCAAAUACAGGACUGAACACAGAGUACAUUAUUGAAUACAAAGUAAAUGAUUGGUAAAUGCCGAUCUUUUUUCUUUUAUUUUCUCGUCGCAGGUGUUCGAGAGAAGUGAAGAGACUUUCACUCUACAAGAAGUCAGCCGCCUCCGCUGAGCGGGAGCUGCGCUCCGUGGAGUGUGACCGUCGGGACCAGCUCCCCCUGGGCUCCCAUGCAGCAGCAGCAGCAGCAGCCUCAUCCUCAUCCUCCCAGCUAACGACUGCGGCGUGCGCCGCUGCCCCGGAGACAGCUGCAGGAUCGAGCGUGGGAUCGAGCGUGGGAUCGAGCGCCGGGCAUGGGCAGCAGAUGCGUGCACGUCUGGCAGUGUCGCCGCUGCGGACGGAGACUCGCACCGACCACGAGGUGGCGCGUCACGUGAUGCCCCGUCCUUUACCUGUACACGUACAGCCAGUGCUCGCCGUCGAGCCCAAUGCGAGGGCAUCGCUUGAACAAGCAAGGGGACACGUGUCACACGAUUGUGAGCUCAUGACUCAGAAAAUCACCAAACUAUCACAUCAGCUCAAGGUAAACCAAGAGCAUCAGCGGGAUCUCAGCUCGGAGCUUUCUAAGAAGAACUCGAUGAUGCACGAAUACUUGAACAUCAACUCCACGUUGCAGGAGACCACCAUCGACCUGCAGCGAGCGCUCACGGACACCACCCUGGGCAACUGCAGAUUGCAGGAGGAGGUGAGGAGCCUGAGCGAGAGCAACGCCCGGGGCUUGCGGGAGCUGCAGGAGUGCGAGGCGCGCCUGCGCACCGCACAGCGGCGCGGUCAGACCCUGCAGCUGCAGGUGGAAGCGUGCCAGGCAGCCAACGAGAGCGUGAUUCGGGAGACUACGCGCCGCCUCUACGGGGAAUAUUACGCCCAACUGACGCAGCAGGAGAGCCAGCACCGGACACACGUGGCCGAUUUUCUGGCCCGGCAGAUGGAGUACGAAGCGCGACUCCAGCGGGCAGACGAGGCACGCGAGGACACCGAGCGGACGCUGGCCGAGAGCCAGCGGAGAUCCCGUGAGCUGGAGAGGCUGCUCUCUGGCCUGCAGGACGAGAGGGAGCUGUUUCUCAGGCGGCAGGAGGAGGUGGAGUCUGAGCUGUCACUCAUCCAGGCACGGCCGAGUGGCAGCCAGGGCGAGAAGAAGAGGUGCGAGCAGCUGGAAGGCGAGGUGGCCUGCCUGCACGAAAAAAUCCGACAUCUCAACGGUAUCAUCAUCUCCCAGGAUCGUAAAAUAAAGGGUGUGUUAGAAAAGGUGGAGCGCUUGCAGUGGGAGCUGCAGCAGAAGGAUGCCAUGAUUUCGAACCUCCAGCAGAAGGUGGCCACACUGGAGGCCGAGAACGCCGCACUGAAGAGGAGGCUGGAGGAGCAGAGCCGCGCGGCGAAGACGUCCGAGAGGUCGACGCCCAACCUGUCUAUCCCCUCCUACCAGCCCCAUCUCCCACCAGCGUUGACGAGGAGGCAGUGGAGUGUGGAGUCGUCGAGCGAGAAUGGCGACUCGCCCCUGGCACGGCUGAGAAAGCUGAGAGCCAGCAGGAUCCAGCCUGGACCAGGCAGCAAGGAGGCCGAGCGCAACGACUGACGACGACGACGACGAAGCUCCUCCUCGUUCGCACUUCACGAGCAUCGCAGUCUCACCCUCCACCAUGCCACAACCACCUCCCCCCCCCCCCCCCCGCGAUAAACCGCGGUGUGACACACUGUGGAGUUACCGCGCAGACUCGGGCAACCACAUGAUCCGUUAGCGCGUCAUUCUGCGCCAGGGAAAAAAACACGCGGCCAGCCGCGUGGUACAGUGCCCGGAGCCAGCAGCGACAGCAGAGAGGGAAACCUUUAACAGGGCCAGAUACGGCGAGCAGUUGCUGUCGUUGCCGCUAUGGCAGCCGUGCAAGACAGGAAGUUGCUUAGUGUCAGCGUGCGACGGGAGGGGAUGGUCUGUGGUCGUGCCGCGGACUAGAUGAUUAUUUUUAGUCGAUGUAGGCUGGCUGCUUGACUGGCUAUGUGUAUAGAGUGUCCAUAGAGGUGUCAUCCAUUAUCAAAGAAGUGUUAUUAGACAGCUUGAAGUCGGUAGACUACACAUACACACACGCUUGCUCGUAUGCAUAUUUUAUUGUACGAGUCUCAACCCUUCAAAUCUUGACGUGUGCGCUGUGGUGUUGGUGACGCACGUGGCUUUGAGGCUGGGAGAGGUCCCCCAUGUGUGUUGCCGGUUGUGAUUGUUCCCAUUGUGAUUGUUCCCAUUGUUAUUCCCAUUCUGAUUGUUCUCAUUGUGAUUGUUCCCGUUGUGAUUGUUCCCGUUGUUAUUGUUCCAAUUGUUAUUGUUCUCAUUGCAGUUGUUCCCAUUGUCAUUGUUCCCAUCGUGAUUGUUCCCAUUGUGAUUAUUCCGACUACGAUUAUUCCGAAUGCUUCUCUCGUGUUGCUGUUGAAGGUCACUCCAGCUUUUAAUCUGACACCUGAUGGUAACAAAAAAA